AUGGGUUCUCGAUUUCCUUCCCAUCAGCUCAGCAAUGGCCUAUAUGUUUCUGGGCGCCCUGAGCAGCCAAAGGAGAAACCUAUGAUAAUCAGCUCCGCAGCUAUGCCCUACACUGGGGGAGAUAUUAAAAAGUCUGGAGAACUUGGGAAGAUGUUUGACAUCCCUACAGACGGCUCAAAGUCAAGGAAGUCUGGGCAGCUAGCAAAUGCUCCUUCAAGAACAGGGUCAUUUGGAGGUGCCGCUUCGCACUCAGGCCCUAUCAAUUCAAAUUCUACAGGCCGGUAUCUGUCUGGACCCAUUUCAUCUGCGGUAGGCCCUGUGUCGGGUCCAAGCAGGCAGAAGUCCAAUUCUGGACCUCUAAACAAGCAUGGGGAACCUCUCAAGAAAUCAUCUGGUCCCCAGUCUGGAGUGGCAACACCAAUGGCUCGCCAAAACUCUGGUCCUCAGGCACCUGCUCUUCCUACAACUGGUCUCAUCACCUCUGGGCCGAUUUCUUCCGGGCCACUCAACUCAUCUGGCAUGCCACGGAAGCUCUCUGGUCCACAGGAUUGUACGGGAUCAGCAAAGCUACAUAAUGUGUCAAUUUCUCAUAACCAGGCGGUCACCAAUCUGAGCCAGGUGGAAGAGUACUCGUUCAAGAGUAGCAUCCCAAGAGUGACGUUAUAUGCUGUGAUUCUCCUUUUUGUGAUGGGUUUCAUAGCGGGAGGUUUCAUUCUUGCGGCUGUGCACAAUGCAAUUCUUCUGAUCGUUGUCGUAGUCCUCUUCAGUUUUGUUGCUGCACUCUUCACGUGGAAUUCUUGUUUGGGAAGAAGCGCCAUCAUUGGCUUCGUUGGUCGCUACCCUGAUGCUGAGCUUAGGAGUGCAAAGGAUGGCCAGUACGUUAAAGUAACAGGGGUACGUAAUUUGACUGAUAUUUUUACGUUACUGUUAUAUUUUUUUCCUCCUCCUGAAUACCUUCGAAAUAUCUCCCCUGAGCAUUCUUUUUUAAAAAAAUUGCUCCUCAACAGUUUCUAGGAAAUUUCUUCGUCAGAUAAACUUGUUUUUUUUUUUCCCCUGUUCACAUCAAAGUAUCUCCUUUGCUCGAACCUACGCGACUGUAGUUUCGGAUCCAUCUGGGCAUCUGCGUUUUUUUUCUAUGUUUCCUCAGCUGCUAUUAAAAUUCUCUCUUCACUCUUUGCUUGAGUGAGAACUAUUCGAAUCUAUGUUUCCUUUCAAGAGAUUGUGCUCAUCAUUUGAGAUGAUUUUGAGCUGCGUGGCUCCCUUCCGGACGAUGCUGUGCAUGAGACCCUGCCAUUAUCAGUGUUCAGGACAUUUUAUGUUCAUUUAAAGCAACAGCCUCUCCUGGCACUCUCUUACAAGCUUUGAAGCCGGUGAUUCUUUUUGACUUUCUCUAGGUGGUCACCUGUGGAAACGUUCCUCUUGAGUCGUCGUUUCAGAGAGUUCCCAGAUGCGUGUACACAUCCACAAGCUUGUAUGAGUACAGAGGAUGGGAAUCAAAAGCAGCUAAUACAACGCAUCGCCGUUUCACAUGGGGACUCAGAUCAGUGGAGGUCAGUCUUGUUUCCCGCUGCUUCGCCAGUAGAGCAGCUCGAACCAUGUGGGCUGGGUCUGGCGCGAUUUAUUCUAUCUUUCUUCUGCUGCCGAUCUCAUGAGUCCAGACCAUGUUUUUAUUCAAUGGAGCAGCUUUUCCAUGAAGAAAUGUGCGUUUUAAAUGUGUUGACCAAGAAAUUCCUCUACUUUCUGUAAAAUGCAUGGGGAAUUGCCGCCCAUCAUCAUCAUCAUCAUCAUCAUCAUCAUCAUCAUUAUUGUUAUUGUUAUUAUUAUUAUUGUGCAUUUUUCUUUUUUUUCUUUUUUUUUGGGGGGGGGAGCAAGAUGAUAAGAAUCCUAACACAGAUGUUGACCCUUCGUGUUUUCCUUUUCUGUUUAAUUUUGACUGCUAAUUUUGUUUCUUUGCGCCUGCAUUACCCUCCGUCAUUGGCCUCAUUCAAUAUCUGUAUAUAUCGCUGAGACAUCAAUCAUUCCUUGGGUAGAAAAACUCUUCAUGCUGUCGUGUGUUUACUAUGCAGAGGCACGUGGUUGACUUCUACAUCUCAGAUUUUCAGUCCGGCUUAAGGGCCUUGGUCAAAACAGGCUACGGGGCCAGGGUGACUCCCUAUGUGGACGAAUCCAUCACCAUCGACAUCAAUCCGGGAAACAAAGGUCUGUCGCCGAACUUCCUCAGGUGGUUGGCGGAGAGAAACCUCUCAAGCGACGAUCGAAUCAUGCGCAUGAAAGAGGGGUAACGGGAUUUCCUCUCAGAGAUCUAUCCAGUCAUUGAAGAAAAAAAAAUAAAAAAUCCUGCUUGCUGUUUUUUUUUCCAGAAGCAUGGGUUCGAUCACAUCUGGUUCAUAGAUCAUAAUUUUUUCAAUCCUUUUUUAGGUCUUCCUCUUUCUUUUGAUGGGUUUUGAUGGGAUUUCCUCUCAGAGAUCUAUCCAGCCAUUGAAGGAAAAAGAAAACCCUGCUAGCUGUUUUUUUUUCCCUACCCGAUUCUGGAAAAGUUUCUAACAUGGGUUCGAUCACAUCUGGUUCAUAGCUCAUAAUUUUUUCAAACCCUUUUUAGUUCUUCCUCUUUCUUUUGAUGGGUUUUGAUGGGAUUUUUGCCCUCCGAGAUAAUAUUUGAUGUUAUCAGAAGUCAAACUAUGCAUUAUUUCUUAUUUCUUUUGAUGGGUUUUGAUGGGUUUUUUGGCCCUCCGAUAUAAUAUUUGAUAUGAUCAGAAGUCAAACUUUGCAUUAUUUCUUAUUUCUUUUGACGGGUUUUGAUGGGUUUUUUUGCCCUCCGAGAUAAUAUUCGAUAUGAUCAGAAGUUAAACUUUGCAUGAUUUGUUAUGAAGUGGAGGGGAUAAUCUAGGUAUUGAUUGCAGGUACAUCAAGGAGGGCAGCACGGUGAGCGUGAUGGGAGUCGUCCAGAGGAACGAGAACGUGCUGAUGAUCGUCCCACCUGCGGAGCCCGUCUCCACGGGGUGCCGGUGGGCCCGUUGCUUCCUCCCUGCCAGCCUCGACGGCAUCGUCCUCCGCUGCGAGGACUCCUCCAAGACCGACGUUAUCCCUGUCUAG